UCCCCAUCGCUACUUUCCCCCCCCAAAGCCCGGCUGUGCGCAAUUCCUUUCUCCUUCCUUUCAUCCACGCUUUCGCUCUUCUUUCCCCUCCGCCGGCGGUUCCUUUGGCUGCCGAAGCAGGAGGAAGCGAGGGAGGCUCCGCAACUACGACGCCCGCCCGGAGCUUAAGAGAAGCCGCCGGAAAGUCCUGCCCCAGAAGCGCCGGGGCUGCAGGCGGCGCAGGAGCGAGGCUGGAGAGCGCGAGCCUUGCGCGGGGCUGGAGUUUGCGCCGGGACCCCUGGCGGAGAAGAGCGCCGGGAGAGGCGCCGCUUUCCCCUGUUCGGUGCCGUUUGGAGCGGGUCGCGGUGAAGGAGAGCGAGGCUCCCGGGAGGAAAGGCGAGCCGGGGCCGGGGAGGACGGCUCCGCUUGCUUCAGUUACCGACCCGAGAGGAAGGGACGCGACUCCCGCGCCUGGUACCGUGCGAUGGUAAAGAGAGAGAAUUGCUGAAGUUCCUGCUUGACAAGCUGUCGAAUGAAUAUCUACUUAUAACCGUAGCAACAUCAAUAAGUGACAGGAGCAGAGAAAGAAGGGCAGCGCAGUAAAUCCCUAAAAUAAAACAAGGAAAAAGAGCAAAAAGGAUAUUAUUCUCCUUUAAGGUGCUUGCCCAGUAUCACCGAAAGGAUUUAUUUGGAAGUUUCGCAGAUCUAUCUAUUGGAUUCUUUAGAGAACAAUCUUCGUAUGAAAAUGCGGACAUCAAGCAGAAUGGACAAUGCAAAGAAGUGGCUCGGACUCAGUUUUUGCUUUAUGAUGAACCUCAUUACAACUGUAUUAUCUGGAACUAGCAGACCUCCAAGCAAAGGCCAAGGACAAAAUCUCUCGGACAACUUGCUUCUUCAUCAACGGAUGAAGAGGAGUUGGGUGUGGAACCAGUUCUUCGUUCUGGAAGAAUACACGGGAACAGAUCCUCUGUACGUUGGGAAGCUCCAUUCUGAUAUGGACAGAGGAGAUGGAUCCAUCAAAUAUAUCCUUUCGGGAGAAGGAGCAGGAAUUGUUUUUACUAUUGAUGACACCACUGGAGACAUCCAUGCCAUUCAGAGACUAGAUCGAGAAGAAAGAUCUCAAUAUACUUUACGGGCCCAAGCCUUGGAUAGACGAAGUGGCAGACCAAUGGAACCAGAAUCUGAAUUUAUCAUCAAAAUCCAAGAUAUCAACGAUAAUGAACCCAAAUUCCUAGAUGGGCCAUAUGUUGCUUCAGUUCCUGAAAUGUCACCAGUGGGCACCUCUGUUAUCCAAGUGACAGCAACAGAUGCUGAUGAUCCUACUUAUGGGAACAGUGCCAGGGUAGUCUACAGUGUUCUCCAAGGACAGCCAUAUUUCUCUGUGGACUCCAGAACAGGAUUAAUUAGGACGGCACUAAUGAAUAUGGACAGAGAAGCAAAAGAAUAUUAUGAAGUUAUUAUCCAAGCCAAAGACAUGGGAGGACAGCUGGGAGGAUUAGCCGGGACAACUACGGUCAAUAUUUCUCUCUCUGAUGUUAAUGAUAAUCCACCCAGAUUUCCACAGAAACAUUAUCAGAUGAGCGUACUGGAAUCUGCUCCAGUCAGUUCCACCGUGGGUCGUGUUCUUGCUAAAGACUUGGACGAAGGUAUUAAUGCAGAGAUGAAAUACAGUUUUGUGGACGGGGAUGGACUGGAUGUCUUUGAUAUUACCACCGAUCUUAAUUACCAAGCUGGCAUCAUCACUGUGAGAAAGCCACUGAGCUUUGAGACCAAGAAAACUUACACUUUAAAAGUAGAAGGUGCCAAUCCACACCUUGAAAUGCGUUUCUUGAAUCUAGGUCCAUUCCGGGACACGACAACUGUGCAUAUCAGUGUGGAAGAUGUUGAUGAACCCCCAGUUUUUGAGCCUAGUUUUUAUUUUGUGGAAGUGCCUGAAGAUGUGGACAUUGGGACCACCAUACAAAUGAUAAACGCCAAGGACCCUGAUGUGAUCAACAAUUCAAUCAGAUUCUCCAUCGAUCGAAGCAGUGAUCCUGGACGCUUCUUCUAUGUGGACAUUAUAACAGGUGCUCUGAUGACUGCAAGACCUCUGGAUCGGGAAGACAUUUCAUGGCACAAUAUCAGUGUGCUAGGUGUGGAAAUGAACAAUCCUUCGCAGGUUGGAAGUGUUUCAGUAACAAUAAGAGUCCUGGAUAUAAAUGACAACAUGCCCGAAUUUCCCAGGUUCUAUGAGGCAUUUGUCUGUGAAAAUGCAAAAGUUGGACAG